GGGAACUACUAUCUAACUACUAGUUCCAGCUGUUUGUCACUUUCUCUCUAAACGCCUCAGAGACAAACCCAGAAAGGAUUUAUAGUGAAUCCAAACUCACAUCUUCUACCUCCGCCUCAGGAUUAUGGUGCAGUUUGUUCCGUGUGAGGAUCUAAAGCUGAUAAAACAUGCUGACAUGUAAAGUUAACAGUUCUCUCCGGUGCCUCUGGUUCACCUCUCUGCUGCUGCUGCUCCAGGAUCUGAGCAGCGCGGCUCCCACAGAGGACCCGUCGGUCUCAUGUAACGUCUCUGUGUCUGAACCACGGUCCGGUCUGGACUCCAUAUCUCUGACUGUGAGCACAGCUGGACGCGGGUGCUCCUUCACUCUGACACCCCUGGGUGCUGAGACAGACAGCGCAGAGUGUAGGAGACGGAGCAGAGGAGAUGAAGAGAUAGACACUAAUGAGAUCGGAGGAAAGGAGCAAGGGAAGGAGAAGAAGAAGGAGGAAGAGGAGGUGAACUAUCUGGGAACCAACCAGCUAGGAGGUGAGGAUGGAGGAAGCAAGGAUGGAGAUGGAGGAAGCAAGGAUGUAGGAGGCGACUUCUUCACCUGCGUGCUGGAUCACCUGGAGCCUGGAACCGCCUACCAGCUGCAGCUCCGUUCCCAUAGCGACGGGGAGACGAGCAACCUCACUCUGCACACACGACCGUCAGCAGCGAGCGGCCUGGCGGUGACCUCCAGGACCUGCAGCAGCCUGGGUGUUUCCUGGCAGGCCGGCCCCGGCAGGACGCAGCGCUUCAGGCUGCAGCUGUGGGAACGUCCUCAGAGUCCGGAUCAAUCAGGUUUGCUGAUGAACGAGACGCUGGAGAGCACAGCGACGCAACACACGCUCAACCACCUGACGCCUGGACGGAUGUACAACGUUACCAUGGUGACGGAGGCCGGCGGUCUGCAGAACAGCAAGACGAUCGAGGCUCAGACAGUCCCAGCAACCGUUUCCAACCUCACCACCGACUACGACAACAGCACAAGCCUGCGGUUGUCGUGGCAACAGCCCGAAGGUGACCUGGACGCGCUCGUCGUCACCCUCUCGUCCAACGACUCGAGCCGGCGGGAGACGAACCUUCCCCCGAACGCCACCCAUGUCACAGUAGAUCAGCUGACUCCAGGCUCGGCCUAUCAGGUCGCUGUGAUGUCAAAGAGCGGCGAGCUGACAAAGCAAACAGAAAUCACUGCUAGGACAGCUCCGGAGGCAGCCUCUCUCCUCUCCUUGUCCCCUUCCUCCCCCCUCGGUGGUCUCCUCCUCUCUUGGUCGCCCCCCCCCGCUGGGAACUGGGAGAGCUACAAGCUGCUUCUGUUUGACGGCUCCCAGCAGUUAGUCAGCACCACUCUGGGCCGAGAAGCUGUGAACUUUAGCUUUCCUGGGACGGGACUAACGCCUGGGAGGCUGUACAGAGCCGUGCUGACAGUGGAGAGCGGAGGACUGACGGCUGAGAGCAGCUGUGAGGGAUCAACAGUUCCUGCUCCGGUGUCGGACCUUCACAUUCGACACUCGGACGAGACUUCUCUGAGCGCCAUGUGGAACCACGCUCCCUCUGGGUCACGUGACGACUACUUCCUGACAAUUCGCCAUGGUAACGUCACCGUGGAUACCAGGGAGGUGGAGGCCAACAUGAGGGAGUGCACGUUCAACGUUCUCACACCUGGGACGCAGUACACCAUCACCGUGACGACCAGGAGCGGGAAACUGAACACCUCUGUGUCAUUGGAGGGAAGGACAGUCCCCAUGGCGUUGAGUAGCAUCACUCUGAGGAGCUCUGACGUUGACAGUCUGCAGGCGUCGUGGGAAAAACCACCAGGAGACGUGGACUCGUACACGUUGACCCUGCUGCAGGACAGUGUCGUGGUUCAGAACUACAGCGUUCCAGCUGGUUCUUCUUCUCUGCUGAUGGAGGGUUUGACACCCGGCGCCCUCUACAGGCUGCAGGCCGCCACUGUCAGCGGAGGAGUUCAGUCUCAAACAACCAGCCUGCAGGGACGCACAGUCCCAGCGCCGGUCUCCGAGGUAACGGUUGCUAACGGCGGCCGGUCGGACGCGCUGCAGGUGUCAUGGCGUCCAGCAGGGGGCGUGGUUGACAGCUACCAGGUUCGUCUUCAGGACGGGAGUCGGACCGUGCACUCGCUGGUGGUGUCCCACUCCUCCCUGCCCGAGUGCUCCUUCAGCUCGCUGGUCGCUGGGCAUCUCUACACGGUCGCCAUAGAAACGAGGAGCGCUGACAUGGAGAACACCGUCACGGUUCAAGCACGGACACAACCUGCUACUGUGCAAAACCCAACAGCGGUUCACUCUGCAAAGGACGGCUUCCUCAAGGUGAGCUGGAGUCAUGCACCUGGAUAUCUGGACCGCUAUGUGGUUCUGAUCCGUUACAACCACAGCGUCCUGCAGAACAAGAGCGUCUCCGGCAGAUACAACGAGUGCACCUUCUCGUCCCUGACACCGGGGAGACUCUACACCGUCACCGUGGAAACAUGGAGCGGAGACUAUGUCAGCAGGGUGUCCACCGACGGACGCACAUUUCCAGCAGCGGUGAGCAAUCUGUCGCUAGGCAACGCAGGAACAGGUGAUCUGACUGUGACCUGGAGUCCUGCCCCUGGAGAUGUGGACCACUAUGAGGUCACUCUGCUCUUCAACGACACUCGGGUUUAUCCUCCGGUCACGUUGGGCAGCGAGCUGCGUCAUCACCGGCUGACCUCACUGACACCUGGGCGGCUUUAUAAGAUCGUGGUGUCGACGUUCAGCGGUCCGAACCAGCAAUCUCAGUUCAUCGAGGGACGGACAGUUCCCAGUGUGGUUAGAAACCUCCACCUGGCUCCCCGGAAGCCUCUACCUGGCCUAACAGACUCUGUGGGGGGGCUGGUGGUCUCCUGGACACCCGGAGACGGAGACCUGGACAUGUACAUCGUCUCACUGUCCUCUACGGAUGGCGUCGUGACCGAGAAUCGCCUCCUCCCCAAACACAUCUCCUCUCUAGACUUCCUGGAUCUGACCCCAGGCCACGCCUACACCAUCACUGUCCAAUCACAGAGCGGGAAGCUGAACAACACCAAAAAAGUCACCGGCAGGACCAGCCCCGGCAGAGUCACGGCUCUGCAGGCGGAUAACGACCACACCACCCACAGCCUCACCGUCACCUGGGAGCGGCCGGUGGUCGAGUACGAUGGUUACAGCCUGCAGGUGUUGGACGAGGCCGGCGUCAUUCUGGCUAAUCAGUCGGUCGCUGUGGAGAGUCGCAGCGAGCGUCUGGGAGGCCUGAUUUCUGGGAAGUGGUACCGCAUCCGGAUGGUGACGCUGAGCGGCGGCGUCCCGUCGCUGGAGGCCACAGCCGAGGGGCAAACACGUCCAGCUGCUGUCAGUAAUCUAACGGUCACCGUGUCCAACACCACGUCUCUGUCCUUCUCCUGGCUUCCCUCUGACGGCCACGUCGACACCUACCACCUCUCGCUCUACAGAGUCACAGAGGCAACGGCCAAUCACAGACAGGACGCUGCAGGUAGCAGGAAGGAUCAUCACCAGGCUGCUGGUGAGUUAGAGAGCCAGCAGAAGGUGGGUGCAGCUGCAGACGGCUGUGUGUUCUCCGGCCUGCGAGCAGGAAGUCUGUACAGGCUGCAGGUGGUGAGCUGGAGCCGGAGCAACAGCGACUCGUCUGUACUCGCCAGAACUGAGCAGAUCUGUUGCCGGAAGCGACUAGUAGCAGUGAAGAAGGAGCAAGAAGCAGAGUACGGCAGAAGACAUCAACGGUAA